AUGACAAAUAAUACAAAAAAUUCAGAAAAAGAUAAGCUGAUAGGCCAUUAUAUAUUAAGUAAUAAAUAAAUAAAUAGAAACUUAAUAAUAAUUAUAAUAAUUACUUAAUCAAUUUUACAUUAAACUAAUAAAAAUAUAGACAAAACAAUUGGAGAAGGAACAUUUGGCAAAGUAAAGCUAGGAAUCCACAUAGAAACAAACGAAAAAGUAGCAAUAAAAAUAUUAGAAAAAAAUAAAAUUAUUGAAUAAGCAGAUGUAGAACGAGUAGCUAGAGAAAUACUUAUAUUAAAAAUGCUUAGACAUCCUAAUAUAAUAUAAUUAUAUGAAAUUAUAGAAACUCCUAAAUAAUUAUAUUUGAUAAUGGAAUAUGCUUCAGGAGGUGAACUAUUUGAUUAUAUAGUUGCUAAUUAAAGAAUAAAUGAAAAAGAAUCUUGUAAAUACAUUUAAUAAAUUUUAUCAGGUGUCGAAUAUUUACAUAAUUUAAAUAUAACUCAUAGGGAUCUUAAACCAGAAAAUUUAUUACUAGAUUAUAAAAAAAAUAUAAAGAUAGUUGAUUUUGGAUUAUCGAAUAUAUAUAAAAAUAAAGAAUUAUUAAAAACAGCUUGUGGUUCUCCUUGCUAUGCAGCACCUGAAAUGAUUGCAGGAUAAAAAUACGAAGGAUUGAGUGUUGAUAUAUGGAGUACUGGAAUUAUAAUGUUUGCUUUAAUUUGUGGAUAUUUACCUUUUGAGGAUUCUAAUACUUCUAUAUUGUAUAAAAAAAUAAUGGCAGGGGAGUUUCAAAUUCCAAGGUUUGUUUCUAAUGAAGGGAAAGAUUUACUGAAAUAAAUAUUAAAUAUAGAUCCUUAAAAAAGAAUAAAGAUAGAAAAUAUAAGAAAACAUAUAUGGUAUUAAUAAUGUAAAUAAAAUCUUGGCGAAGGAAUUAUUUUAGGAAUUUCUAAAAUAAAU